CAGAGUUACGUGGGAAGUUUCCCGGGUCCAGCCUGGAGUCUGGGAGGGUUCCGGCGCUCGUGUUUGUUUUCUGAGCGCGGACGGCGCGCGCGUCCAGCUGCGUGCGGAGUUUCCUGUAUGAAUUGUGAACGCAAACCACGUGGUGUGAAGGCAGACUGCAGCUUCUUUUGUUCAAAUCAAUCAAACGGGAGACGGACAGAGAGCUGCCGAAUCAGGAAAUCACCGCUAUAUGAUUUAUUUUAGACGCAAACUAAAACCAAGGUCAGUUUGAGAAAUGCCCACAGAUUACCCUCCGAGUGCCUGAAACCAGGGGCGUUCCGCGGGGUUUUGGAAAAGUUGUCGCCGCAGUAUCGUUUUCUGUGUAACGUCUUUAUUUAGAGUUAGCAUACAGUAGCGCGCGGCAACGUUAGCUUCUUAAUGAGCUCAGCCGCGCGCCCGCUGCCCACAUUUCCGCCUCUCCGUCUUUUUAACGACGUUUUUCCGUUUGUGAACAGCAUGUGAACUUUCCCGGCGUGUUUGUCUCGCCGCCGACACGCUGAGUCUCGGCGCUGGACUGCGUUUUUUCACGGCGGCUAGCUUACCGCGCGACCAGCACCGAACAAAGAGCGCGAGCUUAGCCUCAGGAAGCUAGCAGCUGCCGCACACAGACGCCGGCGGACGACUGCCUGUCUCCGAAGCCGUCCUCCUCCCGGGACCGACGUCAGGAAACGGAGGCGCCGUUAACGGAGCCGUUUCAAACGUCUGUCCAACUUUUGUCCAGUCAGACCAAACAUCUCAGUCCAAUUAGCCUCCACAGAUUUACAGCGGCUCCGUGUCAAACUUGACCCCGCUUUGGAGUAAAAUAUGCCACCUAAGAAGACCGAGGUCUCAGGGAACGGUGGCACAAAGAGGAAGAGGGCCAGUGGCAAAAGGAAAGACCGGGACUUCAGCAGCGACGAUGACUUCGACUUUGAGCAGGAGAACAACAAGAAGGGUGGAAAGCUCACCGCCAAGUCCGACCUUCAGCCGGUCACCGUCGCCGAUGACGUCAAGGAGAAAAUCAAACUGGAGUGCCCAAAGGUGAAAGGUCAACUGCUCAUCUUUGGAGCCACCAACUGGGAUCUGAUUGGAAGGAAGGAAGUGCCCAAACAGCAAGCUGCUUUCCGCAACCUGGGCCAGAACCUGUGGGGUCCGCACCAUUACGGCUGCUUGAAUGAUGUCCAGGUCAGCUGUGUGGUUUCUGGACCGUGUGCUGCUCACAGCCUCCUCAUGACCACCGAUGGCAAGCUCUGGAGCUGGGGUCGUAAUGACAAAGGUCAGCUGGGUCAUGGAGACACAAAACGCAUCGAGGCUCCAAAGCUGAUCGAGGCUCUGGCAGAGCAAGUGAUCGUCUCUGCCGCCUGUGGACGCAAUCACACGCUGGUUCUCACAGAGGAUGGUACUGCAUACUCUUUCGGUGAGAACAAGCUGGGCCAGCUUGGUCAGGGGAACCAGACCGAUGCAGUCCUGAGUCCAGCACCGAUCUCCUACAACGGUCAGCCCCUGGUGAAGGUGUCCUGUGGUGCAGAGUUCUCCAUGGUGGUGGACUGCAAAGGAAACCUGUACUCCUUUGGAUGUCCGGAGUACGGACAGCUCGGCCACAACAGCGACGGCAAGUUCAUUGCUCGAGCGCAGCGGAUUGAGUUCGACUGUGAGCUCAUUCCUCGACGCGUCGCCAUCUUCAUCGAGAAGUCCAAGGACGGCCAGAUCAUGCCUGUGCCCAACGUGGUGGUGCGAGACGUGGCGUGCGGGGGCAACCACACGCUGGUGUUGGACUCCCAGAAGCGAGUCUUCAGCUGGGGCUUUGGUGGAUACGGGCGUCUGGGCCACACGGAGCAGAAGGAUGAGAUGGUUCCUCGGCUCGUCAAGCUGUUCGACUUUCCUGGACGCGGAGCCGCCCAGAUCUACGCAGGAUACCAGUGUUCCUUUGCCGUCAACGAGAUGGGGGGGCUGUUUUUCUGGGGUGUGACCAACACUUCCAGAGAAUCCACCAUGUACCCCAAAGCUGUGCAAGAUCUGUGCGGCUGGAAGAUCCGCAGUCUGGCCUGUGGGAAGAGCAGCAUCAUCAUUGCAGCAGACGAGAGCACAAUCAGUUGGGGGCCCUCCCCCACUUUUGGGGAGCUGGGAUAUGGAGACAACAAACCCAAGUCGUCCACGACCGCACAGGAGGUCAAAACCCUGGACGGCAUUUACAUCGAGCAGGUGGUGAUGGGUUACUCUCACACGCUGGCCAUCGCCAGGCAGGACACCCCGCAGGAGGAGGAGAGGCUGAAGAAGCUGCCCGAGUACAACCCCCGAACGCUCUGAAGCUGCUCCGCCCAUCCCACUCGUGGGACGGCUGAGCUCGGGGAGGCGCGCACAAACACAUCUCAACUACCAGCAAACAUGGGUCCCUGCCAAUUUAAGCGAGUAGAUGUGAGCCUGUGGACGGACUCAGUCUGCACGGGCAUGUCAUCCUCGCCUCAGAUGAGGUCCUACAACCCAACUCCCCCGAGAACCGGUUUUUGUUAGUCAAACACCCUGGUGUGCAUGGUUCUGAUGUCUACUGGUGCUACGGCGGCACCCUUCUCUGGGGGGUUUAGAGACCAACACUCCAUACCUGUGCCUUUUCUACGUCCACCAUCAGGUCAUGGAGGAGUUUGAGGAUCUGUGUGUGUGUGUGCUGCCCCGUCUACAAUCAGGAUCUGGAACGUGAUGUUCUACUGGUGCACUCCACCUGAUGUUACAUUCCUUUGUUCUUCCUUCACUUUAGCAUCUUGGAUGCUCACCUCAGUCCUUCCCAGACCUCAGCGUCUGACACCUUUGUUUGAUUUGUUGGAACUAUUCCAGCGCUCUAAGCGGUCUCAUGGAGAUCCACGGCGAGGACCUGGUUUGGUUGUCCUUCUGUCUGCUUUGCAUUUUUUUAUGAAAUUCUGUUACAUUGUGUUGUUUUCCAUUGCAAUGAUUAAUAAAACAUUGAUGUAAAUUCA